GCCAAUCAGAGACCUUCUGCAUGUUGCGCUGAUGUAGCAGAGUUGGAAUAAUCUUGUGGAGAGCUUUGUUUCCCCAGAUUUUACCUUCAUGGAUCACAGGGACCGUCAAACUACAUUUGGGGCAGAAUAGGACAACACACUCUGAGGAGGAAACUUUCUUCUUCUUCUUCUUCUGCAGUUUUUGUUCACUUUGGAUUUCGAGUAGGUAAUGUCUGGGAAAUGUAGUGAAGUUCAUUUCAUUGGCAGCAUCAGCUGGAGCUUCAGACCAGUCCUGUUUUGUUUCUAAACUCCAGCGGGGAGGAUCCGCUCCUCUCUCUGUGGAACCAUGAGGGCGCACGGAGACCAGCGCGGACAUGGAUCAUUGUGCUCCGUGUUCCAGGGGGGGAAGCUCAUCUCCAAAAACCUCACUCUGUUGGACCGACCUCGUGAGUGUGACGGGUUGUUUUGGUAGUCUCCGUCAUCCUGCAGAGUCUGAGUACCUUCAGGUGGUCGCGGUCCGACCGGCGGAGAGGGACCCGGCGGAGGGACUCCUGGCUGCCGCGCUGCGUCCUGGACACAGACUGGUCUAGAUCGUCUGCUUUCAGGCACUUUGGCAUGCUUACAGUCUGGACUACCUGCAGGACACAGUUACUGUAGCAGACAUGUGUGCAGAACAAACAGAUUAACAGCAUCAGUCACAUAAAGGACUCAAGUUUCAGAUCAGCUUGCACUAUCUCGGCCCUCGAGUAGGGGGACUUCCCUGAACCAGUACCCCUCUAACUUUACAUCGACUUGUUAAAGUUGCUUUCAGGUGCCUGAAACUUUCACAGCACUUCUAACACUAAAGUGAAUGUGAUGGUGGAGGGCCGGGCCUGUGUCCAGAGGGAGGGGGUGUAUCGCUGGUUCUCCUACCUCACUUCAGCCCAGAGAGCAGAGUUCCUGUGCGGCCUUUUGGAUCUCUGCGUCCCCAUCGAGCUCCGCUUCCUCGGCUCCUGCCUGGAGGACUUGGCCCGCAAGGACUACCACUCCCUCCGGGAUGCAGAGAUCAGAGCCAACAACCCCACAGACCUAGCCGGCCUCGCCAACAUCACGGACGAGGUGGUCCGCAGCAAGCUGCUGGUGUCCCUCGCCCUGCUCGGCUCGGACAACAGGGAAGGGGCGGGGGUCCUGUACCGGAUCCUGACCCACAUUGACACCGUGAUCAAUAAUUACGGCCUGUCGCUGAACGACGGGAGGACGGAUGAGCAGUUCCUCUUAUUGUUCACCAUGGCCUCUCAUCACUCGGCCUUCAGCUUCCACCAGAAGCAGGUGCUGAGGCAGCAGCUCGGACAGAUCCAGGACGUCUUACAGGUGAGCAGCAGAGGAGCCAGAGGAGCAGAGUCCCUGGCCGCAGGCCCCUGUAACGAUAAAGUCCCCGUCUGUAACCCUCAGCUACAUCACCAUGACCAUGACAAGCCUGCUUCCACCACAUCGUCCCCCGCUGCCUCCUCCUCCUCGCCUGAUGCCAGCGCUUCUCACCCGCCUUCACCUUCCAGCCAAACCUGCCACACGCACUGCACUCGCUGGCGAAAGAGUCAGACUAGAGAGGUCAGCACAGUUGCGGGGCAUGGUGCCGGCGUCGUCGCAGGACGGCAAGACCAAGCAGUGAGCCAGGAGCUCUCCUCUCCUCCACCAGCACCCGCUCCUCAUGUGUCCUCUCUUGGACCUGCUGAUGGAGACCUGGACUCUGCAGCACCAAACAAAACCCACAUAGGAAAAGCAGGAAAAGCUGUGAUUGAGAGUGUGGCGCUGAGAGGAGUGACACAGAAGUCUGAAGACGUCAGUGAGUAUAUGUUUGAGACCAGGUGGUCGGAUGGUUUUGUGUCAUCUGUUGUAAGAAGUCAGAAGGAGGUUACAGAGCUGCUGUCCCAGCUGUCUCAAGCAUUUCCUGAUGAAGGAGUGGAAAAAUACAUCCCUCAGUCCACAGAGCUGGACCCCAGGUGCCUGACAGCGCUGCCCUGCCAUGUUCUCCAGCACCAAAGCUUCCAGCUUUUCUUCACCUCCACAAGGCCUCUCUCACCCAGCUCUCCUCCCUCCCUCCCCUCCUCUAGUGUGCCUCCAUUACCACCCUCAUUACCUGUAGCUCCUGUAGCCUCCGCAUACCCAAUCACCUCCAGCUCCAAUGUUGGCUGUACGGUUCAGUGCAGGGGAGCCAAUAGGGCGGUAUACAGAGUGGCCAGCGUCCAGCCCGUCAUCAGCAGCCACAGCUCUGUCUUGACUCCCCCUUCGCCUCACAUCUCCUCCCUCCCUCCUCCCUCCAUACCUCCCCCCCAGCACUCCCCCCAGUUGUCCUUCCUCCCUCCCCCUGUGCCAGCCCUGCCCACUCAGGGCCCCCUGGCUGGCGCUGGCGGUGAUCACCCCUCCUCUCAGUCCCUCUCUUACUCCCACCACCUCUCCUCACAGAACAGCAGUCACUCCGGCACUCUGCCUCAGCCCCUCCGCCUGCCCAACUCCCACUCCAUGUCCCACUCACAUUCCCAGUCCCUUUCGUACCCCCAGUCCCAUUCCCAGUCUCGCUCCCAGCCCCAUACUCAGUCCCAGCCCAGCACUCCAGAACAGAACAGCAUCCUGGACUGGCUCCGCAAGCUUCGGCUCCACAAGUAUUACCCGGUCUUCAAACAGCUGACCAUGGAGGAGUUUUUAGCUCUGACAGAGGAAGACCUUAACAAGUAUGACCUGACCCAAGGAGCGAAGAAGAAACUCAAGACUCAGCUGGAGCUUCAGAAGUCAGCAGACAGGGAGAUGAAGACAGAGAAGAGGUCUUGCGGUGGCAUUGCCAGAGUGACCCCCUCCAGUCAUAUCGGACACUCAGCACAUCCUUCCUCCAUUGCAGAGCUGCAGGUGGAGGUGGACCCGGUGCCGCACCAUCACCCUGUCUCAAAGGACAGCAGCUCAUCCUCAGGGUACUCCAGCUCCUCCUGCUCCCCGCUCUGCUGCGACUCCGCCUACGAGAGGACCAGGGACAGCCACCGACGUGUGUCAGGUCCAGACCCAGCAGGAGGAAGUCCAGAGAAGGACAGACCAUGCCUCUUCGUCUUAAACUCCAGCUGCCCUACCGGCUUCAGUCGCCCUACGGCCCAGGUCCUACCGGUCCAGACUGAUUCAGCAUCCUCUCUCCCUCCCUCCUGCUCCUUCAGCCACCCACAGUCCCCCUACCACCCUCAGGCCAGUUACCCCCAGACGCUGCUCUCCCCGGUCUCAAACCCAGCACGCAUCCUGGCGUCUCCACGUAAGCCGAGGCCUCCUCCUCUGUGUACUGAGGACCGGACUAAGCCUCUAGGCUCUGGUCAUCCUGGCUUCAGUAAGGGGCUCAGUGUGGGGAUUGGGGUGAAGCUUGAAAACCUUUUCCCUGGACUCAAAGUGGACGGCUCGGCACUGCAGGACUCAAUGGUUUGUUGUGAGAUGGUCGGGGGUGCUGUGGGUCUCAUGGUAGAAACCAGUUCUGCUCUGACCUCGACCUCUAACAGCCUCCACCAUGUCUCCCACCCCCCUCUUCACUUCCACCUCUCUUCCUCUUCAUCUCCCUCUUCAUUUGGAUACUACUCUGACCCGCCUACCUCAUCCUCCUCCUCCUCUUUCUCUCCCUUCUUGUCCUCCUCGUGUCCCUCCACAAAGUCCAGUUCUCUAUCCGGCAGCCCUGGUGGUGGUGCAGGUUUUAUCCCCAUGGGGACCCCGAGCGGUGUUCCUAUUGCUGCAGUAUCAGGCAACACGUACUACCCCUCACAGCCUACCUCUAACUCCUCCUCUUCCUCCUGCUCUGCUGCGUCGUUGGAUCAGAGUUCGAGUCACAGCGUGUCCAUGUGUGUGUGCAGCUCCUGCGGUUGUCGGGGUAACUGUGGUGCUUAUGGGAUGUUACCUGGAUAUGCAGCAGCUGGAUACCUGCAGUCCUUCUCCGCCUGUCCCUCCCUCUUAACCCUGGGCCCUCUGCUCCAUCUUAGUCCCCUGGUGGCCUCAUCGGGUGCCACCAGCCCCGGAGCGACGCCGUUCUCCUACCCGAUGAUAGUGCCCCCGCCCCUUUAUCACCACAGCGCCGUGUCACAUGACCAGCAGCAGAGCUUCGCUUUCUACAAGACUCACAGCGUGGGCCACGGAGGCCUGCAGAGACCUGAAGGGAACCUGUCCUGUUAUAACUGCGGGGCCGGUGGACACAGAGCAGAGGAGUGCAACCAGCCCUCCAUGGAACCAGCACAGCAAGGUACGUUUCGACUGAAGUACUCGACUCAUUCUGACACUAAGGACUCGGGGGAUUGAUCAGAGGAGACAUCAGAGGAUUUGAACUGCUCUGCUCCUGACACUACUGGACCUCAUGCACCUGCUGCAGCUGGUCUGCAGUCAGCUGCAGAGAUUAGGAGGGACGAUCAGAGACAGUCUGCUUUUAGGUACAAUAAGAUAACACUAAGUCAAAGACUGUUGAUCAGAACUGACCCCUGGUAUCUUAUGUGAUGUUUUCUCAACAGUUUACACAGGUAUGACAGAGAGGGGGCUGAAACAAGGGAAGAAGAGAGAGUGGCUGUGUUAGUCAUCUGAUAAGCUUUUAUCUGAUCUCAGAAAAUACAGGAAAAACUUUAGAAUGCUUCGCUUCAUGCCAGAGAAGUCUGCCUCACCUUCUGAAAAAUGAUGUAAACGGACUAUAGGUGCAUUUGGACCAAGAGUUCCAGGGUCUUAUAGCCCCCAGAACUACUUCACCCUGAACUAAAAGGUUCCUGUGCCCCCAUUGUUGUCUGAGUUUCAACCGCGGGCUGAAGUCCCGGGUAGAUUGUGCAAAUCAGGCCAGUGACGUAUGGAGAAAAAAAAAAAGUAAAUGCACUACACCACCAGACCAGUAGAGGGCAGUAAAACAAAGAGGAAUGCCAUUCAUCACAGAUGACACCAUAGAAGCAGACGGACAGGCGGGUAUCAUUAUGAGCAACACAACAGUUAGCCUGUUAGCAUGAAGAGACUGCAGUUUUAGAUGGUGCUAUAUUUCAUCACAGAUGGAUUCACUGAAUCAACACGUGAGAGGAGAUAAGUCCCAGGACCUUUGAAAAGGACUACCCCCCUUGCAGGUGCUUUUUAGGGGGGAGAUUAUCUACCCCUGAACUAAAUUUAGAACCUGGUUCCUCUGGUCGAAACGCACGUAGUUCCGGGGUAAAGUUCCUCUGGUUGAAAAACGCCUUAUCAGUCAUGUUACCUCCGGUGCUUUAUGCUUCGAUCAUCUUUAAAUCUGCUUAUCAGCUCAAUAAAUGAGCAGUUUUUAGAUUUUUCACCAAAGACACACAACUCCAGUUUCAUGACAGGUACUCGUGGAGCAGCUGUGGCUUGGUGACUGAGUCAGCGGUCUCUCAAUCGGAAGGACAGGGUUUGUUCCCAGGUCCAGCUGUCCACAUGGGCAAGACACUUAACCCCGAACUGCCCCCUGCUGGCUGUGCCAUCAGUGUACGAAUGUGGUGUGAAUGUGUUAAUGUGACAUGUAAUGUAAAAGCACUUUGAGAGGUCAGAAGACGAGAGACAGAGAUAUAUGAACACAGUCCAAAACACAGUAACACCAGGUAAUAAUGCCCUGAAACUACAAAGAGAGCACAAGUGGUAUCUACCCUCACAUUUCAAGUUUGCAAGCUCAACAGAUAUGUUUUAGAUAAAGAUGUAAACACAGACAAAGACCAGGGAUUCUGGGAAAUGCACGUCUUUUUAAAAUGGUCUCCAUUGUAAACCUUAAAGACAGACGGGAUCAACUGCUUUAGGAGCAUCAAAGGAAAACAACGGAAGCAAUAGAAGACAGGGAAGCUUGGAGAUCGUUGAAGAGGAGUGCUUUGGAUGCAUUCUAACAGCAGGUUGGCUUUUGGAGGAAGGCAGUACGGAUUGAAGUGAUUCUUUGUCCUGGCAGCUCGAGGCUUCCUGUUCAAAAAAGAAGCUGAUGUCGCUGAGAUGAAGUGUCAUGGCCUGUGCUGUGAUAGCUGAUAUGGAAGAGUUGAACGUACUGAAGCAAGAUGAGAUAUUGAAUUAUUGAAACUAUUCAAGUCUGAGGCCAUGGUGCUCAGUCAGAAAAGGGUGGAUUAACCACUCCGGAUCGAAGGAAAGUCUUUGCCCCAAGCGAAGGAGUUUAAGUAGCUCAGGGUCUUGUUCACGAGUGAGGGGAAUUGGGAGCACGAGAUUGACAGACAGAUCGGGGCAGCGUCUGCAGGGAUGCAGACGCUGUACCGGUUUGUCGUGGUGAAGAGAGAGCUGAGCCAGAAGGCAAAGCUGGAGAGAGAAAAAGCCUGGACACGUUUCUUUACAGCAGGACUUUAUGCCAUUAAACAGCCCCCCUGUUUGUGUACGAGGCAGUAAACUCAGCGAGUGUGUGUGUGUGUGUGUAGUGUGUGUGUGUGUGUGUGUGUGUGUGUGUGUUACAUGCUGCAGUCCUCUUUUUCUAAAACACCAGGAUGCUGUGUGAAAUUUCACACUGAGGCAGCAAUAUGCGGUGUGUUGAGCACAGUCAGCAUAAAGAGGAGCUUUAAUUCAGGCCUGUUCUGAUUCUCUAUAAAAUGGGACGAGACAAACUUCCAUCCAAUAUACAAGUAUUAUAUCUUUGUCUGUCGCCUCAUGUUUUCUGUAUAUGUGUAUUUACAUUAAUCCAAGAAAAUCUGCGAUCACUUUAUUAGUCAGCUUAAAACUUCUUCUUCUAACUGGUGAUGGAUUCUAAGUUAUAACGGGCUGCAGAGGAAACCCUUUGAGGGAAACGGGACAGGCAAUGUUGAUCAUGAGUCAGAACACGUGCACGCCUUUUCCUGUCUUUAAGUUUCAUUCUUAAGGCUGAUUUAUACUUCUGCGUCGAAUCCACGGUGUAGCCUACGCCGGGGGUCCGUGUAGCUCCUGUACCUACGUAGAGGCCUACGCACGUAGCUGACCUGCACCUCCUCCAAAAUGUAACUACGCGUAGAAUCGACACAGACUGCAAGGCCUGUGAUUGGUCCGCUCGGCGGCAUUGUGUUUCCUGCAUUUACAGCACUCAUGGAAUCCCGGACAUCGGCCGUGUAUUUCAUCUCCUCCUCUCUAUUCUUCAUGUAAUCAUGUCUGUAUGAUAAACAGCAACAUGUAUCAGCUGUAGAUUAACAGAACACGCUCUGAAUCUCUGUGGAAAAGGAAACAGAGAUCGUAGCGGGACCGGAAGCAGGGGACCGGCUAUCAGAGAGACCACACUGCCCUCAGGUGUUUCAGGGGAGAAUUGCUGCGCGACACGGACACAUCGAAGUACAGAAGUAUAAAUCAGCCUUUACUGUUGUUGAUGCAAGUGAUUGAAUGUUGAGUGAUUGGACAAUAUUUUGAGGAACUAUUAUCAUUCUCACUCAAGUGAACUGUUUCUAUAAUUAAAGAAACACUAGGUACCUAUUUUACUUCCAUGGUAUGUUGACGGUCAAUCAAUCAAUCUUUAUUUCUAUAUCACCAAAUCCCAACAAAUGUUCUCCUCAGACUUUCCAAACAGAGCAGGUCUAGACCGUACUCUAUGUUCUAUUAUUAACAAAGACCCAACAUCAAGACAGGAUCAGAUCCAGUCUCAUCUUACAGACAGGACUCAGUCUGAUCUCAUCUUAAUCCACCAUGAGCAGAGCACUUUGCAGCAUUUAGCAAGUUACAGUGGCAAGGACAAACUUCCUUUAACAGGCAGAAACCUCCAGCAGGACCAGACUCAUGUUAGACACACAUCUGCUGAGACCGUGUUGGAGAGAGGGAUAGAAGGAGAUGAAGAGAGAGAGAGAUGAUAGUGGGGAGAUGGAUAGUAGUAGUUGUAGCAGCUGGAGUCUGGAACGUCCACAGCAGCAGAGAUCCAUAGGAACCUACGAGACAAGGGAGCUCAGGGACUCCAGAAAGGUCUAUGGUUAGUAACUUUAAUGGGACAGGAAGAGUUAAAGUAAGUGACAGGCAGAGAGAGGAGAGAGAGGGAAAGACAGGAUCCCAGUGUGUCAGUCUAAGCCUAUAGCAGCAUAACUAAGAGCUGGUCCAAGCCUGAUCCAGCUCUAACUAUAAGCUUUAUCAAAAAGGAAAGUUUGAAGCCUACUCUUAAAAGUAGAGAGGGUGUCUGCCUCCCGAACCCUGACUGGUUCCAAAGGAGAGGGGCCUGAUAACUGAAGGCUCUAUCUCCCAUACUACUUUUAGAGACUUUAGGUACGAUGAGCAGGCCUGCAUGUACAGUAAACUGACUUGUAAUGAGGACACGGUGGUUCUGUCAUUUCCUCUUCACGCCUCAUCUUUUCUUGAAAUAUGUCAUGUUUGAUCUCCUGGUAGAAGUAAGGCAGACACAUCUCUGUCACCAGUUUUGCCCCUUUAUUCUCAUUAAGGACCCUUUAAGUUGUCCAAUCCAGUUAAAGUGUCUACCAAGCACGAGCCUAGAAAGUGUCAUACUUGCCGUAGCGUCUGUCAUGGCUGAGGUGAUAAAUGUGUAACAUAUCUGCACAUUUUGUGCCAAAUCACUUAAAAAUGUACAGUUUAUAUUCUUGCACAAUGUUGCUUUAGGAUGAGUUUCUGCAAAGGGAAAAUCAGGGCUGGUAAAUUAAAUAGUUAGAAGAUGUUGUGAAUGAUAUAUUCUGACUAUAAAUGAGACUCUGGGCGGGACCCAGAGUUCAUAGACUCGAGGACAGCUAGUCCUUUAGCUCCAACUGUAUCUGUGCUCCUGGAGGGCACAGCAGAGAGGCAUGUUAAUUUAAAAUGUAAAAUACUGAAGAUUCAGAGAAUAAAACAACAUGAGAAUGUAAUCAUAAAUUACUCAACUAUGUGCUUUUCUAUUUUUAUGUAAAUGCAUUGGGAAUGUAAAAAUCAAUCAGCCCAGCUCGUGUGUGUUUUUAAGACACAUGGAAACACUUCAUUCAGUGGCUGCACUGUACAACAUUUUCACACCAAAGAAUGCCUUCUUAUGACUGUUUCUGUUGUAUAGUUCAGCUUUUGAAACUAUUCAGUUUAAAAUCCAGAAUUUGAUGAAUCAGGUGCCGGGUGAGCUGAUGCUACAGUAUGCUUGUUGCAUCAUCUUAAAUAAAAAUGUGCUGAUGAAUUAUUUUGUGCAACCCCUUAAACUGUUUUUUGUUUAUUUGUUGUUCAGGAGUUAUAUUGCUCACUGUGUUUUAAAGUGUUUUAUUCAAAGCUGGGGAGAGAUCAAUGUCAGGGUAAUAAACUUUUCUAAUGUCUUUCAUCA